GCCAAGCGAGGCUGGUGGUCGCUCCGAUCAACUGCACGUGCGCGGCCCUCCCUUCACUUGUUUCUGAACUGGAGGACCCAGAGGUAUUUUGUUCGGUAGUGUCUGUUGUCGUGUGUGGUGCUUUAGCGGCAGUUUUUUCUUCAAUGUGAGAUCUGUGAAUAAGUGUUUCAUUAUUGGUGUUUAGAUGACUUUGUGAUUCAGUGUUUAAUUAUUUUAAAAAUCAACAUAAACUUGAUGCAGUGUUUUACAACAAUUUGAAGGAAACUGUUCAUGUCACACGCAGCAGAAUUACAAUGAUACGCAUACAAAGUAAGAGGAAUUAGAACUUCAAAAGUUUGAACUUCAAUAUUAUAGUAGCAGAUUACAUUAUGAUGCGGCCCUGUGACAUCAGUCGCUUCUGCUCUCCUGGUCGGCAAACGGCGUGCCAUAAAUCUGCCUUGGUGAGGCGCGGGCCACUUCGUAUCUCAGCUUAAGAGGAAAAUGGCUACCAGAAAUUGAAUGCACCGUGGCUGCCGUCAGUCCACCUUUUAUCACAGCGUUAUCUUAGGAACCAGGAACAUUGCUAAACCAUUCAUCACGUCACUCAGAACGUUGAGUUUUCCUGGAACCGCUCACAAAGUCUGGUAAUGUAACUGCAAUAAAAACGCAUCAGUGAAAGCUGCGUAUUUAAGAAGACAGAUAAUAUGCCCUGCUGAGACGUAGAUCAAACCCAGUCUCCUCAGUAUUACUGCUCCACGUCUUGGCGAGCCACUUAUUCCGACCUUCUGCAAAACUGGAACCAUAUUCCUCAGCCGUUUAUAUCACCGAAAUAUUUGCGAGUGCUGGACAGAAACGUGAAAUGUGCAGUUCCUAGAUUUGCAUGGUGCUUACUUGUCAGCUGGUGAAGUUAGCAUUAAAAGUUGAAGCAUAACGCUGGCAGAUUCCUAACGGUUCGUGCUGAUACUUUGCUUGGAGUGGUGUAAGAUGAGAGUGCGUCUCAAGAAACCGGCCCACCGACGGCGAGCGAGACAGUCGUGCCUGUAUUGCAGAUGACGGGAGGUCUCCCUCCGUAACGCAGGAGUCACUGCAUGUGGGGUGAGGGGAGAGUGUUACGUCACAUAGCCGGACCAUGCGGUCCACGCAAUGCUUAUACAGUACACGCACUUCUGCAGCUCCCCGAGAAACCACACUCUUACUUUUGACUGCUGUCGCGUUGCUGGCCAGAGUAACGCUAGCUGGGCCUCGCUACAGUUCAAGGAUCGUGGAAACUAAAACAGGUGCCAUCAGAGGAAUCAUUCUGGAACUGAACUCCAGACAUCUGGAGCCUGUUGAGGCGUUUAAGGGAGUACCAUACGCUGCGCCACCUGUCGGGGACUUGCGUUACCGACCACCGGCACCACCCUUGGUCUGGUCGGGGACUCGACUGGCCGAUACGUUUGGGGCUGUGUGCCCGCAGAGGUAUCCGGACAUCUCGAACCGCUCUGCAGCCCUUCUCACCAUGCCGAGGGGCAGGUACCACCACCUGAAGCGGCUAAUACCCCUGCUCGCGAACCAGAGCGAAGACUGCCUCUUCCUUAACCUGUAUGUUCCGGGAAGCGGAAACCGCGGACUGGAGGCGCCGUAUGCUGUAAUGGUGUACAUACACGGCGAGUCUUACGAGUGGAACUCUGGUAAUCCUUAUGACGGCAGCGUCUUGGCCAGCUACGGCCAUGUCAUCGUCGUCACUCUGAACUUCCGGCUGGGAGUCCUUGGGUUCCUCCGCACGCAUCCAGGGCCGGACCGCGAGGGAGCGACCGGUGGGAACCUUGGCCUACGCGACAUCUUGGCGGCGCUGCAGUGGGUGCGCCGAAACGUCGCAGCGUUCGGGGGCGAUCCGAACCGAGUGACAGUUCUGGGUCAUGACACCGGCGCCGCUCUCGUCAACCUGCUACUGAUCUCCAGUGCAGCGAAAGGUCUGUUCCAUCGCGUGGUGAUGCUGAGCGGGUCUGUUCUCAGCCCCUGGGCCCUGGUGCAACAGCCGGACACACUUCGGGAGACAGUAUUGAAGCAGAUGGGUUGCCACAGCUCAGCCGAUAAGGAAGACAGUGCGCCCUGCCUCAGAACCAAACCAUUGUCUGCCCUGUUGGACAUCCAGUUGGAUACUCCCCGGUUCCUUCCCCGCUUUGGGCCGUCCAUUCCACACGACGCGGAUACCAGUGAACCAAUCCUCACUAUGGAACACGCCAACGAGGCGUUCAUUAAUUGCGAACUCAUGCUCGGAGCGACAACAACGGAAAGUUACCUCGAUUUCAACGCAGCGGACAUUCAGUACGGGUUUGAAGAAGACCAAAGAAAUCGGGUAUUACGGACGUACAUUCGAAAUGCCUAUGUGUAUCAUUUGAAUGAGAUAUUUUCGACUGUGAGAAACGAGUAUACGGACUGGGAUAAACCUAUUCAGCACCCCAUUAACAUAAGAGACUCCACCAUGGAAGCCCUGAGUGACGGACACACAGUGUCUCCCUUGGUCAGGGUUGGGUACUUGCACGCAAGAAGAGGGGCGAAGACCUACUUCUUCCAUUUUGGCUACCAGACAAAGGAAAGCGACUACCCACAGAGACUUGGCAGCGUGCGCGGUGAGGAUGUCACUUACAUCCUUGGGAUGCCCCUGGUUGGUGGACAACCCUUCUUCCCACAGAACUACAGCCGGCAAGACAUGGGAGUUGCAGAGGCCGUUCUCAACUUCUUCACGAACUUCGCCAAAACCGGGGACCCAAAUGAGCCGAGGGUGCAGAAGACUGACUACGGGACAGUGAAGGAGAAGACAAGGUACAGAGGACUCAGCUGGGAGACUUACGAAACUGGCAGUCAGCUCUAUCUCAGCAUUGCUCUGAAGCCCAAGAUAAAAAGCCACUACCGAGGUCACAAGAUGGCGGUGUGGUUGAACCUGAUCCCACAGUUGCACCAACCUGGAGAUGAAGACGUAAGCAUGAGACACCACCAUUUCCACGAGAGGGGAGAACACUACUAUUCAGGGGUGGUCCGGCCAGAGUCCUACACUCGGCUGCCUCCACCGCUUCACCCAGCAACAUCUGCAGGACCUCAUAACCCUAGCGGUUCGGCACUAGGAACAGAAUGUCUCCCUAAUUCUACUUCAGAAGAAGAUCUGAUGCGUCGCUCUGAGGAAGAAGAUGAUGACGACGAAGCUGGACUUCUUCAGAGACUGGCCACAAGGCACUAUUACAGUUAUACGGCAGCCCUGGGAGUCACUAUUGGAGUUGGAUGUCUUCUUCUGGUGCUCAACAUGCUCAUCUUCGCAGGGAUUUACUACCAGCGUGACCGGGACCGCAGGAGACACUCAACCCCUUCUGGCUCAUCAUCAUCAGCGUCUUCUGAAGGCAUUCCCUUGUCGCACAGACCCCAGCAGUCUCAGUCCACAUCUGACACCUCCUCUCCAGCACCGACUGCUCACAUCAUUAAAGUGCAUGAGCCACCCCCCUCCUACACAACGGUUGCCAAGAGUCCAUCCAUCCCUGAGCCCCCUCCACCCCCAAGACAGUCGGCCCCUCAGGGCUCUGAAGCCCCCAGCUCGACACCAGUGCCUCCUGUCAGAUCCACAUCUACCAGCAGUGGGGGUACAGUGAAGAAGCGUGUUCAGAUACAAGAGAUAUCUGUAUAGCAUCAUGCACCUAAUGCAGAAAGUGCUGGUGAUAUUCACUUCAUAACUUUCCAGUUCAAGUAAUGAGAACUGAGGGGGGAGAAGGCUGACACAUAUCAGUUAAUUGUGUAUUCAGUUGGAUAGACCUGUUGGGUAUGUGUUAUCUUUUAAAGUUCUGCUGUCAGCUCGAAGUGAGAGUAAUCUUAACAGCAACAACUACAUAAUAACAAUAAUAAUAAUUAUAAUAAUGUCACAUUCAAGACUUUCCUUUCUUUGUACUCACAAGAUCUGGACCGAAGAAGGAAUGAGGUGUCUUGUAUAAAAAAAUGUUUUGAACUGCAACACUGCAUAGCAAACUGUGAUUGCAAUCAAAUAAAACAUUUCACAUAUGAGAAUAAAACAAGUUAGUAAGGCAUUUUGCAUAAGAGAAAUAGUCUGAUUACAGACUGUGAUCCUCUGGGUUGUAUAUAUGAACCUGCUAUCUCCAUCUUCAGGGUAGAAGUGAGGCAAAUUGGGAUGUGGGUAUGUUAUACAGAGUGUAAAGAACUAUAUGUUACAACUCUCUGUGGUAGAUAGAUGGGUUCAGUCUGAUCAUAUUUUGUUAAUAUACCAAUGUCAGGAAACACUUUUUAUGCACUAGGGCCUCUGAAAUAUGAAGGAGGAUGCCAGUAGGCAAGCAAUACAUAGGACUCAGAAGUAUCGGAAACAGCGUGAAACAGACAGCUUGAGUCCUAUCAAACACCCCUGUGGAUGUGUGCAGAGGAGCCACACACCAGACUUUGAAGAAGCAGCAAUCCAGCUUUUUGAAGAACAGCCUGAUACUAGUAUCUGAAGCGUUGCACAAACCCUAGGUGUAAACUUAUCAGUAUCUCAAGUUCUGCACGAUGAGCAACUUCACCCCUACCACCUCCAGAAGGUGCAGGCGAUGGGACCGAAUGACUUCACUCCUGGUGUCAAUAUUUUUCGAUGGCUGCUCAGACAAACUGUACAGGUACCUCACUUCCUAUGCUUUAUCUUCUUUUCUUAUGAGUAUAUCUUUACCAAGAACGUCAUUUUCAACUCCAGAAACAGCCAUGUGUGGGAUCAAGAAAAUCCUAACGCGAAGCAUAUCCAAAGCUACCAACACUGCUUUGCCAUCAAUGUGUGGGCAGGGGUUAUUGAUGACCAUCUAUUCAGCCCUUACCUCUUACCUCUGUGGCUUACCGGUGACAUUUACUUAAUAUUUCUCCAAGAGAUCUUACCUGAACUACUGGAAGUUAUGUGGUUCCACCAUGAUUGUGCCCAGCACACUCCGCUAAUGUCGUCCGUGAGUAUUUGGAAGAAACCUUUGGCAACUGAUGGAUUGCACAUGGAGGCCCAAUAACCUGGCCCCCUUACUCCUCGGACUUGACUCCAUGGGAUAUCUUUCUCUGGGGGUACACGCAAAGCCUGGUGUACAAGACUCCAGUGGAGACACAACAUGAUCUUGUGGCAAGAAUUGCAGUAGCAGCUGGAACCGUCCGGGAAAUGACGGGAAUCUUUCCAAGAGUUCAGCAUAACAUUAUCAGGCGGUGCAGAACAUACAAUGAAGUUGGCAGCCACCAUUUUGAGUAACUUUUAUAAUGUAAAACAGCAAUAAUAUCCCUUAAAACUUAUGCAUCCUCUCAGAAAAUUUUGUGACCAUUAGUGCCAAAAGGAAGCAUUUCCAGACAUUGGUGUAUUAAAAAAUGUUGUCAGAUUGAACCCAUCUAUCUACCACAGAGCGUUGUAAUCUAUAUUUGUUUACAUCCUAUAUAGGAAGUGUAGCUAUUGGAAACAAAGAACAUGACAGAUUCUAAUAGUGCCAAUUUUAAAAAAGACUCUGGGAAGGCAACUUAUAAGGGAAGUCCUGCAAAGCAGCAACUUUUUAAGAAGGCACUGCCAAAGAGCAUUUUUCAAGGAGGGCCCUACAGAAGAGCAAAUUCAAGAAUGGCGCAGAUAACUGCAGUUUCAAAGAAAGGCUCUAAAAAGGGGCAGCAUUCAAGGAAGGUCCUACAAAUGGGUCUCUUCCAAGGAAGGUCCUCAUAAUGGCCAUGAGCAAAGUCAAGUGAAAAUGCUUGCCUUAUCCUUUGAGAGAGAUUUUAUUCAUUUCUUCAGUCACAUUUUUGUAGGGCCUUCCAUAUAGUGGCCCCUGUUGGAAUCUUUCAUUUUCCCCAUUUUUACUGGCUACCCAUCCUCCCUAACCUAUUCACAUUCCAGAUAGACUUGGGUCCUUCUUUCCUGAAGAUGGAAGCUGCAGACUCCACCAAAAUAUUGGUGGCAACUUACAAUACUACACAGUUCUAUGACCUAGGAGAGAAACAUUCUAAUUUUCACUGCCGUGAAAACCUCAGAUAAUGUGUACUAUAACUGCAUACUUCAACAACUUAAUAACCCAGCCUUCAUGUAUUAUGAUUAUAAUAAGGCCCCUACCAAAAGGAACUACUCUACAGAAAGGAUUGUGUGAGUAUAGUGAUUCGAAGAAAAAUGGACUAAUGCAACAUCUGAAAUGCUCAGUUGCAUUAUGUUUAGAUUUAAUUUCUAUUUCACUUACUAACAUACUAACUGACAUGGGCUGCCCAUAUUACCUCCCUACUUAUUUUACUUGAAAUACAGAUUUAAGAAACAUGGUUUUAAAAAUAUGAAGAAGUAAGUUUAACAAAUUUCAACAGCUGUAAAAAUUGAAUGCAACAACAUAUGUGUAUACAAUUACCUACUGUUAAA